AUGAAGUUUAGCACGUUCCUCGUUGCCGCACUUGCCGUCGUCGGUGUUGUCACCGCCGCUGCCGACCAACCUGCUGCCGGUACGCUGCCGGCCGUCAAAUCCGCCGCCGAAGCGCUCGAGAAGCUUGAAGCGUCCGAAUUGCCCGAUGGUGUCACGCUCACGGGCGCCAGUGAGAAGAUCGACCCGCCUGCCGGUGCCGCCGCCGCGAUCGCCGCCAAGGAAGGUGGCAAUACUAAGCACGAUGGUGACGACGACAAGAAGGAGCAGUACGGCGGCUGGGGUCUGGGCCUUGGCGCUGGCUGGGGUCUCGGCGGCGGCUGGGGCAACUGGGGUGGCUGGGGCGGCUACGGCCCCUACCGCUUCGGAUUCAUGUGCGGCGGCUCCCCUGGCUGGGCCUACCCGCUGGGCUACUGGAACAUGUUCGGCGCGGGUCUCUACGGCGGCAGCUGCGGCCUGGGCAUGCCUUUCGGCGGCCUCUACUACUGCUAG